GCGAGGAGACGUCCAUCAGCCAGGAUGACUCCGACAACAGUGUCUCCGAGAGCCUGGACGACUGCGACUACUCGGUGGCCGAGAUCAGCCGCUCGUUCCGCUCGCAGCGAGAGCUCUGCGAGCAGCUCAACAUCAACCACAUGAUCCAGAGGAUCUUCCUCAUCACCCUGGACAACAGUGACCCCAGCAUGAAGAGUGGGAAUGGGAUCCCAGCACGCUGUGUGUACCUGGAGGAGAUGGCUGCAGACCUGGAUGACCAGGACUGGCUGGACAUGGACAAUGUGGAGCAGGCCCUGUUCACCCGCCUGCUGCUGCCGGAGCCCGGGAGCCACCUGAUCCACAUGACCUGUGCCAGCAGCCAGAACCUGUCGGCCGACCGCGACGCGGAGAACCUGCUGCCCUUUGCCGUGCGCUGCCGCAACCUGACGGUGUCCAACACGCGCACCGUGCUCCUCACCCCCGAGAUCUACGUCAACCAGAACGUGUACGAGCAGCUGGUGGACCUGCUGCUGGAGACACUGAGGGGGGCACAGUUUGAAGACAUGACCGAGUUCCUCGAGGAGGUCAUAGAGGCCUUAACAAUGGACGAGGAGGUGCGCACAUUUGGGGAGGUGAUGGUUCCCGUGUUUGACAUUCUGCUGGGGAGAAUCAAGGACCUGGACCUCUGCCAGAUCCUGCUCUACACAUACCUCGAUGUGCUCCUGUACUUCACAAAGCAGAAGGACAUAGCCAAGGUUUUUGCAGGCUACAUACAGCCCAAGGAUCCCAGCAAUGGACAGAUGUACCAGAAGACUUUGCUUGGUGCCAUUCUAAAUAUCUCCUGCUUGUUGAAGACCCCUGGCGUGGUGGAGAACCAUGGCUACUUUCUGAAUCCAUCCCGAUCCAGCCCACAGGAGAUUAAAGUGCAGGAAUCCAACAUCCAUCAGUUCAUGGCCCAGUUCCAUGAGAAGAUCUACCAGAUGCUGAAGAACCUGUUGCAGCUGUCACCGGAGACGAAGCACAGGAUCCUGUCCUGGCUGGGGAACUGCCUCCAUGCGAAUGCGGGCCGCACCAAGAUUUGGGCUAACCAGAUGCCAGAGAUUUUCUUCCAGAUGUACGCCUCAGAUGCCUUCUUCCUCAACCUGGGGGCUGCCCUCCUGAAGCUGUGCCAGCCCUUCUGCAAACCCCGAUCUCCAAAGCUGCUAACCUUCAACCCUACCUACUGUGCCCUGAAGGAGCUGAAUGAAGAGGAGAGGAGGAGCAAGAACGUACAUAUGAAAGGUUUGGAAAAAGAAACAUGUUUGAUCCCUGCUCUGAGCGAGCAAGAGCCGCAGUUUGCAAACAGCUACAACCUGGUGACGGAAAACCUGGUGCUCACGCAGUAUACCCUGCACUUGGGGUUUCACAGGUUGCACGACCAGAUGGUAAAGAUAAACCAAAGCCUUCACCGCCUGCAAGUGGCGUGGCGAGAAGCUCAGCAGAGCUCCAGCCCCGCUGCUGACAGCCUCAGGGAGCAGUUUGAGCGCCUGAUGACCAUCUAUCUGUCCACCAAGACGGCCAUGACGGAACCACAGAUGCUGCAGAACUGCCUGAACCUGCAGGUGUCCAUGGCAGUGCUGCUGGUGCAGCUGGCAGUGGGGAACCAGGGCAGCGAGCCGCUGGAGCUGAGCUUCCCGCUGCCGCAGGUGGAGCACAGCGCCUUGGCCUACGUGCCAGAGUUCUUUGCCGAUAAUUUGGGCGACUUCUUCAUUUUCCUGCGGCGUUUUGCUGAUGACAUCUUGGAGACUUCUGCUGAUUCCCUGGAGCACAUCCUUCACUUUGUUACUGUUUUCAUGGGUGAUGUGGAGAGGAUGAAAAAUCCUCACCUGCGAGCCAAGCUGGCUGAAGUGUUGGAGGCUGUGAUGCCUCACUUGGAUCAGGCUCAGAGCCCGCUCGUCUCGAGCGUGUUCCAUCGCAAGCGAGUGUUCUGCUCCUACCAACACGCCGCCCACCUGGCCGAGGCACUCAUCAAAGUCUUCGUGGAUAUCGAGUUCACGGGUGACCCACACCAGUUUGAACAGAAGUUCAACUACCGCCGUCCCAUGUAUCCCAUCCUGAGGUACAUGUGGGACACUGAUUCCUACCGGGACAGCAUAAAGGCUCUGGCUGAUUAUGCCUCAGAGAACCUGGAGGCAAUGAAUCCCCCUCUCUUCUUGCGCUUCCUUAACCUGCUCAUGAACGAUGCCAUUUUCCUGUUGGAUGAAGCCAUACAGUACCUCAGCAAGAUCAAAGUUCAGCAGAUUGAGAAGGACCGAGGCGAGUGGGACAGCCUGUCCCCCGAGGCUCGCCGCGAGAAGGAGUCCAGCCUGCAGAUGUUUGGUCAGCUGGCCCGUUUCCACAACAUCAUGUCCAAUGAAACCAUUGGCACUCUGGCUUUCCUGACUUCAGAAAUCAAGUCCCUGUUUGUGCAUCCUUUCCUUGCCGAGCGCAUCAUCUCCAUGCUCAACUACUUCCUGCAACAUCUGGUUGGGCCUAAAAUGGGAGCUUUGAAGGUGAAAGAUUUCAGUGAGUUUGACUUCAAGCCACAGCAGCUCGUGUCUGACAUCUGCACCAUCUACCUAAACCUUGGGGAUGAAGAAAACUUCUGUGCCACAGUCCCCAAGGACGGCCGCUCCUACUCACCGACGCUCUUUGCCCAGACCGUGCGGGUUCUGAAGAAGAUUAACAAGCCUGGCAACAUGAUUGUGUCUUUUAGUAACCUGGCUGAGAGGAUCAAGUCUCUUGCAGACCGGCAGCAGCAGGAAGAGGAGACAUACGCAGAUGCCUGUGAUGAAUUCCUGGAUCCAAUCAUGAGCACUCUGAUGUCAGACCCCGUGAUCCUGCCCUCCUCCCGUGUCACUGUGGACCGAUCGACCAUAGCCCGACACCUCCUCAGUGAUCAGACAGAUCCUUUCAAUCGGAGUCCCCUAACUAUGGACCAGAUCAGACCAAACACAGAGCUAAAAGAGAAGAUACAGAGAUGGCUUGCAGAGAGGAAAAAGCAGAAGGAGGAGGAGCUGGAGGACACUCUGAACUAAAAGACAGGCUCUCAUCUCUAAACCUCCUGUCAUGGGCAAGAUCACAGCCAUGCAGGGGUAACGGCUGGAGCUACCACCCUAAUGACGACCACAUUUAGUGCAUUGCCACCACCUUUGGAGUCUCUCCUCAGACCUUCCCUGCCAGCCCUUGUUCUCUCUUUUCCUUUCAAGACUCUCUCUUUAAUACUACGACUUCCCACUGCACUACAGCUUUGAGCCUCAGCCACGGGAGAAGAACACAGCCUCCUCAUGAUGUGGUGCCCUGGCUCUCUAUUACCUGCUCUUUGUGUUGGCCGUGUUCUUUUCCAGCAACACCAAAAGCCUCCCUCUGUUCUGUGUUUAAACUGUAACCAUCUCUCACUUGGUGAAAAUGAGGGGGCGUUUUUCUGACUUUUAUGUGCCAGGGGUGUAGCAGGGUUUACUUCCCCAGUGAGUGUUGGGAAUGGCGGGCGUUGGAAAUUAAACACAGAGAUCAUCUUACAGCUGGUGCUGGAGGUGUGGCGCUGCCGGGAGCUCUAAAAAGCCUGUUUGGGCUCGGUGCGGGCACCGGCGCGCUUCCGGUACUGCGCGGGUCUCGAACCCGCGGAUCCUGCGCGGCCCCGCCCCGCGCACGUGACCCGGGGUCCUCGCUGCGGGCUGCCCUCGGCGAUCGCCGGUGCGGUGAGCGGCGGUGACAUUGAGCGCGCUGCAGCGAUGGCCAAGGCCGCGCAGGGGCUGGUGCAGCGGCUGGUGCAGCGCGGGCCCGAGCUGGUCGGCGCCGCCGUCAAGUACUCGAAGCCGCGCUUGGCCACGUUCUGGUACUACGCCAAAGUGGAGCUGGCCCCGCCGACCCCCGCCGAGAUUCCGCGGGCCAUCGAUAGCAUGAAGGACCUGGUCAGGGCCUUCCAGAGCGGCCGCCUGGCGCAGCUCACUGUCAAGGACGCAGUGAGGAACGGCCUGGUGGCCACAGAGGUGCUGAUGUGGUUUUACAUCGGGGAGAUCAUCGGCAAGCGCGGCCUCAUCGGCUACAACGUGUGAGCACUCACCUCAGCAGUGCCAGCAGUGCUGGGUCUGUAAUGGGGGCUGCAACAAUAAAACUAGGAGCUGAUCGA